GGCUUGUGUGAAUACACACGUGCUGCGUGUAGAGGAUAAGCGUUUAUUUAAAAAUGGCGCUCUUAAAUCGUGCCAAUUUAAAUUCUCUUUUAUUAUUAAAUCACUGUUAUUACAAAUUCGCGACGGGUACGGUGAGAUUAAAAACGCGCGGACGCAUUUCACUAUCGUCAAGUCUCAUGCAAGAAAAGAUUAAACAAAGCUCAGAAAAGAAAACAGAAUCAAAUGUUAAAAGCACGAUGUUUGAAACUACAAUUGCCAACAGAAGAGAUCAGGCACGUCGAAGUAUAUUGGUACAGGUAUACUCGUUGAAUUCACAAGACGAUCUCCAGAGUUAUUGUGCUCAAUUUGGAGACAUUUUAAGUAUGCACCAUUACCAAAAAGACAAGCAAAAUAAUUAUAUUUUGGUUGAAUUUAAAGAUCUAGUAUCGAUAAAUGAAAUUAUUUCAUCUGCUUCCUUUAUGGGUGAAGAUUUAAUCGCCCCUGUAAAGUCAUCAGUAUUUUGGUUCCGCAAAGGACAAUUUGUAGCUUUACAUCAUAAAAAAAAUAAUCAGGAAAAGAUAAUCUUAUCUACAGAAAAUGGUUGCACAUGCCCUACUGAAAAGGAGAUUUCAAACUUCUUACAGAAUGCAAAAUCGAUAUCGGGACAAAUAAUAGAUUUAUAUGAGGCAUUAAAACUGAGCGAUUUAGAAACAAGACUGAGAUUUCACACUGCCCAUCACCUGGAGCAAUAUUUCUCUAGAUUAUUUCAAAAUACAAAAGUUUUACCAUUUGGUUCCUCUUUGAACGGAUUUGGGAGGAAAAGAUGUGAUCUUGAUUUAGUUCUCAUUUCCGAUAAAGAAAACAAUUCAGCGAGUAGACUGGUAUUUCAUACAAAACCUAUGAAACUUAACGAGAGGCAUGAAACAAAAGAAUUUAUGGGAAUACUUGCAAGUACUAUGCAACAUUUCAUCCCUGGCGUUCGUAAUGUACGAAGAAUCUUAGAAGCUAGAAUACCUAUAAUUAAAUUCCAUUACGAAUACACAAAUAUUGAAUGCGACUUAAGCACAACGAAUAUGACUGCCGUAUACAUGUCCGAAUUAUUGAACUUAUAUGGAGAAAUAGAUUGGCGGGUAAGACCGCUUGUUACAGCAAUACGGAAAUGGGCAAAGAGUCAGGAGAUAACAUCUGAUGUGCCAGGACAGUGGAUAACAAAUUUCUCUCUUUCAUUAUUGGUGCUCUUCUACUUACAACAGAAAGACAUAUUGCCGUCUUUAAAAGCCUUGAAAUCGUAUGCUACACGUGACGACAUUCGUUGUACAGAGAAUGGUAUUGAUUGCACCUUCCUGCGGAAUCUUGAAAAAUUGCCGCCCGAGUACAAGUAUAAAUCGAAUCAAGACAAUUUGGAGUCGCUGCUAUAUGGUUUCUUUGACUAUAUUUCGACGUUCAAGUUUCACAUAAACGGGAUAUGUAUUCGCGAGGGAGUGCCCAUCCGGAAACCGUCGCACUCGCCGCUUCAUAUCACCAAUCCCCUAGAAACGACGUUGAACGUGUGCAAGAACGUAAACAUUUACGAGUUAAAUCGCUUAAAGAUGAAGGCACACGAUGCAUUAUUGAUAUUAGAGACUACUCACAACUCCAGAAACGGCAACUGGGGCUUUAUGGUUUUAUUAAACAUGAAAAACGUUGAGAUAAUGGAUAUGUUGAAGUUAAAUAGCAGAAAAGAACAGAGCAUCGCGGAUUAUUCGGAAGAUAGUUCCCAUGAAAUUCCUGAAGUUAACGAAGUUGAUAUCAAUCAAUCAAAGAAGAAGAAAAAAACGGUAUGAUGUUUAGACAAAUAGCGAUGUUAUAUAUACAUUUCAUCUCUGCAGAAAUACACAUGUCACAUGUAUUCCUGCAUGAGACGCUUGCAACAAUUUUUUUAUAUCGAUGAUUUGGGGUAUUAUUUAGUGAUGAUGUCAGAAAAACAGAGACAUUUUAAGCAAGAAUAAAAAAAGAAGAAAACACAUGAAGAAGAUAUUUUGUUGCAGCCAGUUGUGUGUACUAUAAUAUGUGCAUUGUGAAAAUAGGAGAAAAAUGUACAUAAAAUAUUGAUAUUAUAUAUAUGAAUCAUAAAUAAAUACGGCUGCGUUCCGAUAUUCACUGCCAAUACUGAAAAUUUAUAGUGAAUGUGAUGUAAAUUAUAGAUUUUCAGUACUGGCAGUGAACAUCGGAAGCUUACAGCUGUAUCAUAACGCAACCUACGUGUCUGCUGUAACAUAAUGCAAUCAGUUACCGGGUUAAUUUAUUCAUUUAUAUUCCUGGACACUCUCUGUUAUAUUCUGGACACUUUCUCGAAAAUUAUGGCUAAAAUGUUUUUUUGCGUUUCAUCUGUCAAAGUUUCUAGUUUUAUGUGCAACAACCGAUAAAAUUUGACAUAUAUACCAAGCGUCAUAUUUCUAUCAUGUUUUACACAUGACAUAUAAGUGCGAGUAUUUGUUCAAUUAAACGAAGACGUGCGCCCCUUUCACAUACACAAAUGCGGUAUAUAAAUCAAGGAUAUAUUUAUUAACUUGUAUAUAUUUUACUAUACCAGUAAAUCGACAUUUCUCAUA